AUGAUGGAUGAGGUGAAAAAGCAAAGCCCUCUAGAGCGUAGCUCCUAAUGGCAGAGAACAUGACCAGAAGUUCUUUAUGAAGAGAACUGGCCAACACAAGGACAUAGCAUUCGAUCUAGGAAAAAGAUAAUCAGUUCACAACAACAGACAAUAAGGCCUGGUAGUUGCUAACAAACUUUUUAAACAGGGGGCCAGUUCACUGUCCCUCAGACACUGUUGGGGGCUGGACUAUAGUUUGAAAAAAACAUGAACUUUUAUACCUCCAAAAUAACCCAUGCAAUUCGUGUUUGGGCAGCACAAGUCUACCUACUACUAUUCUCCUUCCCACACCACUUUUUUUUGGGGGGGGUCUGGCAACCAGCGCCCCAAUAUUUGGGGAAGAAGUCUCCCCCACUUCCAAACCACCUGCUACGCCGGCCGCAGCACCUGGGCGUUCAGCUGGUUAAGUUCAGCGUCUCCAGCACCGGCUUGCGCGCAAAGCUCAGCAGCCCCAACGUGCGCCCAGAUCCGACGCACUCGCCUCCCUGGCCUCCGGCACCCGGCUUCUCCCCACUGCACUCUGCCCCUGCUGGCACAGCCGCUUCCGCUUCCUGGGCUGCUACUACUCGCGAGUAAGGCCAGCUGGGAGGUCUCUGCCGAGGAAAGUGCACAGGAGUUGGCGGGUUGGGGGUAGAUGGGGGUGGGUGUCAGGCCUUGCGCUCCUGCCCUGCAGUCGGAUUGGGUCUACUCGGAAACAAGCCCCAUGGGUUUUCUUCUGGCAACUUACUUCCGAGGUAAGGGUCACUUGGAGCACGUCUAGUCCAUGGAAACACCUUGCCUCACUGGUUUUAAAUCACCACGCAGGGACUGACUGAGUGGGUGGCAAGGCUUCUGAAUGGCUGCAGCUUUGGCCAGCGGGCCAGAUUUAUGAGCCUGGCGGGCCGGAUCCAACCCACGGACCUUAGUUUGAGGACCCCUGUGCUAAAAGAUUCACAGCGGGGAAACUGCAGCAGUCCUAAAUGCAGAUAUUAUGGGGAAAUAUAACAAAUGCAAUUCCCAGCUGGGGCAGGAGAGGAGUAGCAAAACAAUUUUAAUUAGAUCUAAGAAAUAAGUCAUGAAACGAAUGAAACUUUUAGACAACAAUAACAGAGAGAGUUAACUAUUCUCUUGUACCCUGGGCUUCAGCAGGAUUGAGAAGUGAUAGCAACAGGUUAUCAGACAUCAAACCACCAAUGUGGUUGCAAAUUAUAAAUUGGCAGGGGCAUCCAAAGUGUUUCCCCAAAGAAUGAUUCCUACACGGCUAGGAAAGAGUUUCAUGACUUUAUGUGUAGGAGGAGAGUCAGCUAUUGUUUGUACACUCUUGUCAGUAUUUGCAUUAUGUUCUUGCCUCAUUGCAUCAGCUCUGGUACACGACUAUGUUUAAAAUAGACUCGUGUUGCUCAGCAGCAGAAAACAAAACAUUGUUCUUGCCAACACCAUUGGCAAACUGGAGAUAAUUUAAACUGAAGGGGGUUGGGGGGUGGAAUUAAACCCAAAGAGGUGGUCUUGUCUUUUCAAAAAUCCAAAAAGUGUACAGUCACUGUCAACCAAUAUGUUCUUUUUUCUUUAAAAAUAUUUUUUAUUAAGUUUUCAAUUUUACAUUUUCCAAUAAACAUUUUACAAACUUCAAAAUAUCCAAUGACUUCUCUUAUUCUCUUUCCAUGGUUCAUUUUACAUAUCAUACACUCCUGCAUAUUUUACUAUAAGCAUUCAAAUCAGUUUUCCACUUUUACAUCCAUCAAAAAAUAUUUACUCUGUUGAAUUUAUCUUAGUGCUGCCAGAGUUUUCAGGGGUCCUUUAGCUUUACCUUUACCUUCCCUGAACAAAGUGCCCACGGUCAUCUCCUUGAAACCGAGGAGGCAUCCACAGGAGGAAAUGUUGUAGUAAUUGGUGAUUUCAAUUACCCUCACGUAGACUGGCUAAAUGCAUGUUCCAGGACCAGUCACAACAAAGAGGCAACAUUUCUAGAUACCGUAAAAGACUGUGCCCUGAAACAGAGGGUAGUGGAAUUGAGCAGAGUGCAGGUAACACUUGCCUUAAAUUGCAUUAUUCUAGUUUGUAGCUAUUUUGCAGCUGGGAUCUCAUACUGGUAAAUUUCAGGUUGCACAAUUCAAGUAGAAUUGCUGCUUUUGUGCCGCAAAGCAAAAAGAAAACUCGCUUCUUAAAAAAAUGGACUUUUUUGCAGUAAGAAAAGUGAUGAAAUAACAUUGCUUUGCACAACGUCAUAUAACUUCACUGACUUAAGGUAGUAGCCUCUUCCACAUAUUUUCUUUCUUUCUUUCUAAUUCUUUAUUGAUUAAAAAAUUACAUAUCUAUACAAACAUUAUAUGCUAUUUUUUUACAUAUGAAGAAAAAGAAAAUUAUGUAGAGAGUAGAAAAAUUCUACAGGAACAAAAAAGAGGAAAAGAAAAAAAUAAAGAAAUAACAAAGAUACAAAGAAAAAAAUCAGAAGAGGAAAAGAAAAGACAAGACAACAUUAUUUACGCAAUAAAAGUGUUCAUCGACAAAAUCCUCCCCAUCCUUCUCAUUAUGCUGUAAUAUAUCCACAUAUUUUCUAAAUGAAUUCUACAUGUUAAGUGUGUGUUAAUAGCAAGCCUGAAGUUCUGCCUGAAGUUUCUUCGCUCCUUCUCUCUGCAGCACAGUCCAUUUCAAUAAUUCCGCAGCAGUUGGAGCAGGAGAAAGGGAAUUUUCAUUCAAACCAUCACGUUUCCCCAUGAUGAACUUUAGGAAAAUUUCUACGUUCACUUCUAAAUAUUGUUCCCGCAUACACCUGUCUCCCACACUUCCCAAACAAUGCAGUUGACCAAUCAGCUUCGCAGGAGCACUGUGAAUUCACUUUUGUUGAUAUGUAGCUAGGCAACGGGUCAGUGACAAAAGAGAACUUGCCAUUUCUGUAGCAACGCAAGAUGCUAACGUACUAAUUUCUUAAAUAAGAAAGGAUAUGCUAAGACCUAACGCUUUGUUUCUGCUUAUUCCUCGGUGUGCACAAAGGAAUCAUUAUGUGGGAGUUUAAGUACUGAGAUUUUAAGGUAAGAACAAGGAACAAAGAGAAGAAAUAUAACUACCAGGAGGUCAGCUCAAUAAAACAUAUCCCUGUUUUGGAUGAGGUUGAGCUAUUGAUCCCAAUGAACCUCUUUUAAUAGGUAUAGCAUGUUCAUAGCAUAGGAUUUAUUUUAUUUGACCAAUAUGUAUAUAAUGUUUGAUUAUAAAAAUAAUAAUCUCUAAGCAGUUUGCAACUAGUGAGAGGUUUACUCCAUUGCAAUAAAUUAAAUUGCAAAUUUGAGAUUCCUGGUAUUUUAAUAGGAUCACUGGUAUCUAUCUCAUGAAGUAAUAUAGGAAAACUAUUUGAGCGCUUUCAUGUUUUAUUAAUGAUCAAAAGGGAAUUAUUAUUAUUAUUAUUAUUAUUAUUAUUAUUCACUUUGCCACGCCAGAGGAAGCAGCACUGGCUCCUAGUAACUUUCAGUGCCAGAUGUAACAAACAGAAAAAAUAAAGUGUAAUCCUGAUCAUAUUAAGCUAGUGCAAAAUACAGAACUUCAUUUUUGAGCACUAUGUAACCUGAAACAUACCAUUGCCUUUUCAAUGGUAGAAAAGUUAUAAUACGAUCACAUUCGAAUGACAUGAAAAUAUAAGCUGAUAAACAAAUGUUUCACCAUGUUCACAGUGUUCAUAAUCAUCAGAAUUAGAACUAACAGCUCUUUGAAAGCGAACUCUGACAAUUCUGGCCACUGGAUGUAACUGUAAUGAUUUCCAGGGACACAUUUUUGCUAGAAAAGUCAGACACCAUGUAUUUGAACAUCAUGGUAAUUUUUCCCUAUUAUUUGUUUCAUUUUAUACUGCCAUGCAUAACAUAUUCUGAGAUUACUAAGAAGACUAGUUAAAUGAUUAUUUACAGUGUGUAUAUUUGUUUCCUUUCAUAUUGCUGUGAAUAUUUGGAAAUUAUUAAGAGGACUUCUUAAAUGAUUAUUUACAGUGUACACAGCAAGCAGAUCCAACACACACGCACCAUUUCUUCAUUAGAUAUUUAGCAAUUAAGUCUUUGUGUUUGUAGUCUGAAGAAGAACAGUUUGGCUUCCAACCGGAUGAAGUUGUUUAUUUUUGGCAAAUACGGAUUUUCAUUUAAUAUACCAUGCACAAUCUUGGUUGCAUCCCUUAAUGAAAGUCGCAGCAGAUGGAACUAUGAUAUACUUCUCUCUAAAACCUCAGAUUUUAGUGAGGUGCUGCUAUGUGAGGAACUGCAAGACAGGAAACAAGGGCCCUUUUGCAGUGAUGAAAAUUAGGAGCAAAGUAGAAGUUGCCCGCAGUGAAACUGUCAAGGCUUAGUGGGGAUGACUGAAGAUAUCUCUGCACCACACAUGAUCAAAUUCAGAAACCCCAUAAAAACAAGAAACAUUUCAGGAGACUCGACCUCCAUGAAGUAAAAGGCAUGUAACAUGGAUGGUUAGACCUUUAGAUGUAAUCACAGAGGUUGUUGUUGUUGUUGUUGUUAUCAUCAUUGUUGUUGUUGUGCCCUGCCCAUCUGAUUCAGUUGCCCCAGCCACUCUGGGUGGCUUCCAUGAAAUACAAAAGCAUGAUAAUGAUAAUGAUAAUAAUUUAUUUAUACCCCGCCCAUCUGGCUGGGAUUCCCCAGCCACUCUGGGCGCUCCCAACCAAAUAUUAAAAACACGAUAAAACAUCAAACAUUAAAAACUUCCCUAAACAGAGCUGCCUUCAGGUGUCUUCUAAAAUUCAGAUAGUUGUUUAUUUCCUUGACAUCUGAUGGGAGGGCGUUCCACAGGGCGGGCACCACCACCAAGAAGGCCCUCUUCCUGGUUCCCUGUAACCUCACAUCUCGCAGUGAGGGAACCGCCAGAAGGCAUCAAACAUUAAAAAGACCAAAAUAUAGAGAACACCGGCAAUUCAUGUGGUCCACGAAUCCCUACUCUGCCAUAGAAGAAACACAAUAUCACUUUGAGCCAUCCCCUCACCCUAGCAAAACUGCAUUCCUUCCUUUAUGGAACUUCUAAGUCAAUUCUGACAGUGGCCAAUAGUGUCACACUUGUCCUUUUUUCUUUUUUCUUUGUCUAAACACUGCUUAAAAACAAAAUUUAACAGCAUGUAUAAAAGAACAAUAUACAGUCGAACUUUGAAAGUCAAACAGAAUCUGUUCUGGAAGUCCAUUCGACUUCCAAAACGUUUGAAAACCAAAGUGUGGCUUCUGAUUGGCUGCAGGAAGCUCCUGCAGCCAAUCUGAAGCUGCGGAAGCCCCAUCGGACGUUUGGCUUCCAAGAGAACGUUAAAAAACCAGAGCACUCACUUCCAGGGUUGCGGCGUUCAGGAGCCAAAACGUUCGAGAACUAAGCUGUUCGAAAACCAAGGUACGACUGUAGUUAUUUUGAUGGGUCUAAACAGAGAUUUCAGUCUUCCUCAGCAACCCGCAGGAAAUAAUUAAAAUAAUCAGAGGCCUUUCAGCAAGGCCUUUUUGUAUCUUUAGCUACAUCUCAUGAUCUGAAAAAUCAAAGCAGCAAAAAUGAAGUUAUACUGCAUAUUUUUCCAGAGAGGAGAGGUACUGGCCAAUGUUUGUUUGAUUGUUUGCCAGUGUGGAAAAUCUGGACCUCUGAAGCUUGUGAAGUCAUAUUGAUGUAUCUGCAGAUAAGCAGCAAGAAACCAAUAAAUUUCCAAAAACAAAAGGAAGGAAUCUAAAGGCAGCAAUACAAAUUUUUCACAGUUAAAGCUGAAGGAGUUUUGUUUGUUUGUUUGUUUGUUUGUUUGUUUGUUUGUUUGUUUGUUUGUGCUUCUGUGCAAUGAUAUAUCAUGAUACUCCUAAAACACUUUAAGAACUUGGUUGUUCUUCCAUUCUUCAGUCUGAAGGCAGGUAAGGUGAACCCCCACUUAGGUAGGGAUUACGUUCUGGUGCCACACGCACAUAAGUGAAAUUUGCAAAAGUAGGGAGCACCCUCUAAAGAGCCUUUAAAUGAUCUCUCUGCUCCUCUCACUCCACUCUAGAUAAAAAAUACUGCAACUAAAAUAUCCACAACUGGAAUUGAAGCUCUGGGGCUGGCAGGAGGCUGGAGGAAGUGCAGGAACGCUGUUACUGCUGCACUACAAUGGUGCUGUGGUCUAAACCACUGAGCCUCUUGGGCUUGCCAAUUGAAAGGUCAGCGGUUCGAAUCCCCGUGACGUGCUGAGCUCCCAUUGCUCUGUCCCACCUCCUGCCAACCUAGCAGUUUGAAAGCACACCAGUGCAAGUAAAUAAAUAGGUACACCUGCAGCAGGAAGGUAAACAGCGUUUCUGUGCACUCUGGUUUCCGUCACGGUGUCCUGUUGCACCAGAAUCAGUUUAAUCAUGCUGGCCACAUGACCUGGAAAGCUGUCUGUGGACAAAUGCCAGCUCCCUCGGCCUGAAAGCGAGAUGAGUGCUGCAACCCCAUAGUCGCUUUUGACUGGACUUAACCAUCCAGGGGUCCUUUACUUUUUUACUUUUACAGUGCUGUUAGGCAUGGAGGCUGAGCAGCCUAAACAAAGCCCCGCUGUAUCACCAGUCUCUUCUCUGCUCUCACUGAAGCCCUCUUUUGGCUCUGGGGAGGGUCUCCCCACACGCCAUGAGGACAUAGCUGUCAACUUUCCCCCCCUUUUAAGGGAAAUCCUAUUCAGAAUAAGGGACUUUCCCUUUAAAAAAGGGAAACGUUGACAGCUAUGCAUGAGGACCCUCCAGCUCUCUCUCACCAUUUCCUGAUAUGAAUGUACCAUAUUUUUCGCUCUAUAAGACGCACCAGACCAUAAGACGCACCUAGUUUUUGGAGGAGGAAAACAAGAAAAAAAUAUUCUGAAUCUCAGAAGCCAGAACAAGAGGGAUCGCUGCGCAGUGAAAGCAGCAAUCCCUCUUGCUGUUUUCCCUUACUUUUUAGGAGGGAAAAAGUGAGUCUUAUAGAGCAAAAAAUACGGUAAUUAUUUCCCAGCGCCAUGCAUUUACACAGUCGCGCACAAGUAGGGGGUUGCCUCUAUUCUUUUCAAGGGGCUUUCCCUAACAAAAUUCCUAUUGAAUAGAAAUCAAAAUGGAUUGCGGGACUGUGGCUGAUCUAAUUACCUAGCGGGCACGACGACGUUUCUUUCAACCCAAAUCAGUGUUAAAAGGAUGCAGGACUGACAGAUGUAUUUCUGUGAAGCAUUUAUACCUGGUGGGAUCCUGAGAGAUGGGGGAAGAGAGAACCUCUUUUUUACAGAUAAUUUUUUUACAGAUCAAUGGAGGAAAAAAACUAGAGAGCCCUCAUGUGUAUGUACAUGAGUUUUAUAUCCAAAGACAUCCAUGAAGCAAACAAAAGAAUCCUUUUCCUGUGGAGUUUUCCCUCACAUGAAAUCUAUACAUUUUAGCCGACUGUCAUAUUUCCUCUCGCCCCUAAGCACUUGACCAAACCAUUAGGAUUACUGCUUAGAGAAAAGGCUACUCUUGGAGAUUAGUGAGAACCAUAUUGUGAGAGACUUUGAAAAGAUUAAUGGAAAUUUAAACCACAGGAGAGCUCUUCCUCAUAGAAUAUUUUUUUUGAAAUGUAGAUGAACUAAAUUUGGAUUAGUUGCUCUUCGGUUGUGAGAUAUUACAUAUGAAGUAGCGCCUUCUGGCAGCAUCUAGAUGAGCUUCUGUAUUUCUAUGCAUUGUCUUAUUUGGAUCCAGAUAGUCCAUUACAUUGAAAUUUAUUUUCAUUAAAAGCACAUGGUUUAUGAAUUAAGGCCAUCGCGGAGGACUGCUGAUGGCUCAAGCAUUGUCCAAAAGAAGAAUGAUGACCCAUAUUUGGCUACCGCUCACUUUUGUCUUCACGUUCAGAAAGAAAGCUACACUUUGUCAUGCCUUUUAUAGAGAAAAGUUAAUUUACUUUUAAAAACCUUAUACGCUUUCUAGUCGACGGGGAACAUGAUGGAGGGUUUCAGAUUUACGGAUGUGAACUUACAGGACAUUUCCAACUUGGCAGAAAGGAAAAGAGACCAAAUGGUGUAAUCCCCCAAAUAAAGCAUAAAUCUAUUAUGAAACGUAUCCAGCAGAGAUCUUGGAAGUCCAACAAGAGGCUAUAUUGUUAACAGGUUGUUUAUGGUUUCUCUUCUUGACUGAUUCAUAGCUUGACUCAUUCAACAUUCUUUACUGCAUUACUGCUUGAAAUUAUUGUAAAGGGGAACAGCUUGAUCAUCCAUGAUACACAUCUAUCCAUGGAAAAUGGACUGGUGGAUAAAGCCCUAGCUGGGUAA